AUGUCCUCUCGGCCUUCGGGCCAAGGAUUCGAUUCAGAUUCAGAAUACGCGGCACGAGAGAGGACAAUGCCUCUUCUCCGUCUUCCACCAAACCUCAAGUUCGGCCCCUUCUCCGUCUCGUCUCAAGUCUUCUACCUCUCCCGCUCUCGUCUAUCCUACGGCCUAGUGAAUCUCAAACCCUUACUUCCCGGCCACGUUCUCAUCUGCCCCGUGCGGCCAGCAUCACGAUUAUCCCAGCUCACCGCCUUGGAGACCGCUGAUCUAUUCAACACCGUCCGGGUCGUUUCACGGACUCUAGAACGGGUAUAUUCCGCUAGUGCUCUCAAUGUGGCGGUCCAAGAUGGCGUGGAUGCGGGCCAAUCCGUACCACAUGUCCAUGUCCAUGUCAUCCCGAGGCGGAGAGGUGACUACGAUCAUAGAGGGGGCGGCGAUCGGAUUUAUGACGCCAUGGAUGGGGAGGAAGGGAAUGUUGGAAACGCCUUCCUUGAGAUGCAGCGAGAGAGGAGCGAAAGAUCUAAGCAGAGGAGAGACUUUGCUGGUGGACCGGACAGUGAUAGGAAACCGAGGAGCGAGGAGGAGAUGACGAGGGAAGCGGAGUGGUUGAGGGCCGAGAUGCAGAAGGACCAUGUGAACGGAGAUGAGGAAUCCUCCUAG